GCACCCUGUCUGAAAAAAAGAAAAAGAAAACAGAAAUUGAAGAGUCGCCGAAAAAAUAGACGGGGGAAGUUUUCCGCCGCGGAGAGCCGAGCGACGAGCGUGAUGGGGUUCAUCGGCGACCAGGUGGAGUCGAUCCGCUCGAUGCAGGUCCGCCAUGUGCUCUCGCAGAUCAUCAGCCUCGGUAUGAUUGUUACGUCGGCAUUGAUCAUAUGGAAAGGAUUGAUGGUCGCAACAGGGAGCGAGUCCCCAGUGGUGGUGGUUCUUUCUGGUAGCAUGGAGCCUGGAUUUAAAAGGGGUGAUAUCCUGUUUUUGCGCAUGAGCAAAGAACCUAUCCGCACUGGAGAAAUAGUUGUUUUUAAUAUUGAUGGCCGUGAAAUUCCAAUUGUUCACCGUGUGAUAAAGGUUCACGAGCGCCAGGAAAGUGCAGAAGUUGAUAUCCUGACGAAAGGUGACAACAAUUUUGGGGAUGACCGACUUUUGUAUGCACAAGGACAGCUUUGGCUUCAUCAACAUCACAUUAUGGGACGGGCUGUAGGCUAUCUUCCCUAUGUCGGGUGGGUUACAAUUGUCAUGACUGAGAAGCCGAUUAUCAAGUACCUUCUGAUUGGCGCACUGGGCCUGCUGGUCAUAACAUCGAAAGAGUAAAGAUGUCAACCUUGCCACUCGGGUUGUUGUAGUGCAAAUGUAGAAGACAGAAGAUGUCCCGUCACACCAUGCAUCCAACCAAAGAUAUGUGUAAUCUACUCAAUCAGUUAAUUGCAUUAGACACUACAGUUAGCCUUUUCAGAAAUGAUUUUUGUAACACUGAAAGCCGAGAACUAACCUUAUGUUGGUUGGAUGCACCUAUGGAAGAGUUAGCUAAAAUUGUCGUUCAAGACAAACUAGAACUGUACUGAAUUUCCGCACUGUGUCGCCUCAUUAGCUGACCCUGAGAUCUUAUCCAGUACAUGGGGACUUGCGGCCAGAUAAAUUAAAAACAAAUUGAGGACCUGGAUA